AUCUCUCCUGGGGUGGCGUAACUUAGCAACGAUCAAAACGCAACGCGCUAGGGAGUGAGUGAAAGAAAGGCGCUCGGAGGUUUUGGGAAUAGUAGAAGAGUUGGAAAAGGGCAAGAAGGCCAUCGGCUCCAACACACUGUUGUUGCAGGUCAUCAAUUUACACCACCCCACUCAGGUGACAGAGUGAUACACGUGUCACAACGAGGCAUUUUAGCAGAAAAAGCAGUUUUUGUUAGUAAGAAAGAAUGGGUAAAAAGGUAAAAAAGGAAGUGGAGCCUCCUCCUAAGGAUGUGUUUGAUCCUUUAUCAGUUGAAAGCAAGAAAGCUGCAACAGUGGUGCUAAUGCUCAGUUCCCCAGAAGAGGAAGUUUUGUCUAAAGCAUGUGAAGCUCUUUAUAAAUUUGCAUCAAAAGGUGAAGAAAACAAGCUGACACUUCUUGAGCUUGGGGCCCUGGAACCUUUAUUUAAAUUAGUUACUCAUGAAGACCCUGUUGUCCGUAGAAAUGCUACAAUGGUAGUUGGGAUCAUGGCUUCUCACAAUGAUGUGAAAAAAUCAUUAAGACAACUCGAUGUUACAAGUGCAUUCAUAGCUCGCCUAGCACCAGAAGAAGAUGUAGUCAUACAUGAAUUUGCAAGCCUUUGUCUGGCACAUAUGGCAGUUGAAUAUAACAGUAAAGUGCAAAUAUUUGAGCAAGGCGGACUAGAGCCACUUAUCAGACUGCUAGGAAGUCCUGACCCUGAUGUUAAGAAGAACUGUGUUGAAUGCAUCCACAACCUGGUACAGGAUUUUCAGAGUCGUGCUGCAGUUCGUGAACUAAAUGUAAUUCCUCCUUUGCUGGAUCUUCUGAAGUCUGACUAUCCAAUAAUUCAGUUGUUAGCACUCAAAACUUUAGGUAUAAUUAGCAUUGACAGAGAGACCAGAGUGAUGCUUAGAGAAAAUCAAGGACUGGAUCAUCUUUUCAAGAUACUAGAAACUAAGGAAUUUAAUGAUUUACAUGUGGAAGCUCUUGGAGUUGUGGCAAAUUGUCUCGAGGAUGUGGAUACCAUGCAACUGAUUCAGGAGACAGGGGGGCUCAGAAAACUACUCACCUUUGCUGAAGUUUCCACUCUUACUGAUUUUCAGAAGAAUGCUGCAAAGGCCCUUGCUAAAGCAGCUUAUGAUCCCGAAAACAGAAAAAUCUUGAAUGAACAAGAAGUUGAAAAAUGUCUUGUCACCCUUUUGGGAACAGAUAAUGAUGGAACCAAAAUAGCCGCUUCUCAAGCAAUCUCUGCUAUGUGUGAAAAUUUAGCCAGCAAGCAAGCUAUUGGAGCAUUAGGAAUUCCCCAGCUAGUUCAGUUGCUAAGCAGCGAAAAUGAAGAGGUAAAAGAAGCUGCUGCUACAGCUCUAGUUAAUCUGACAACAGCUCAUCUUGGCAAUGCAAGUGCUGUUGCUGAAGCUGAUGGCAUUGAACCACUGAUCAGUGUUCUGAGCACUAAGAGAGAUGGGGCCAUUGCUAGUGCUGCAACUGUUCUCACAAAUCUGGCCAUGCAGGAGCCGUUACGUCUUAGCAUCCAGGGCCACGGUAUCAUGAAUGCCAUAGUAGAACCACUGAAUUCCACCAACAGCAUUGUGCAGAGCAGAGCAGCUCUUGCUGUGGCUGCAUUUGGUUGUGAUGCUGAGGCAAGAGCUGAGUUACGGAAUUCAGGUGGUCUUGAACCUCUUGUUAAGCUCCUGCAUUCGAAGAAUGAUGAAGUCCGAAGAAAUGGCUGUUGGGCUGUUAUGGUCUGCGCAAGUGAUGAGCCAACAGCAGCUGAAAUGACCAGGCUAGGUGCUUUAGACGUUCUUGAAGAAAUUAAUCUGUCCAUUGGGCGCAAAAAUAACUUCAGUGAAGCAGCUUUGGAUAAAAUACUUGAUCACAACCUUCCCCAGAAAUAUAGUCAAAUGGGGUUUUUAUCGUCCGGUAACAUAAUUUUGGAUGGGUUCUAUGAUUAUGGACAGGUAAAGCCUGGUGUAAAAUUAUUAUCCCUAGAGGAACUCAGUGGCCAGGAGCUUAAUGAUCGCCGUGCUAUAAUCUUGAUAAAUGCUAAAUCACCAGAACCGGAAUCCACAGCUCCUCCCAUUCCAGUGGAGGAGAGGCCAACACAGGAAACUGUUCCCAGCCGAAUUGGACCUUCUGCCAGUACUAUCAGAAAAGCUAGUAAAGAAAGAGCCAGCUCUUUGGAAGAAAAGCCAGACUCUCCAGGACGGUCUUCUUCAAUCAGUAAAGGAGGAAAUAGAGAGAAAGGAUCAAGAAAAGGGAAAGGGAAAAAAGAAGAAGAAAAACCAAAGGAGGAAGAAGUGGAGCCAGCUAUGCCUAAAAUACUUGAAGAGACUUGUGCAAAGGCUUUAUGGCUCCCCCCAUUCGACCCCAUCUUGCUGGAUUAUAUUACCGAGUCUUCCAAAACAGUUCUCCCACUUGGAACCACCAAAGAACAGGUUGUCGUGCUUUCACAGUUUGUCGCAGACAAGAUGGGUGGUCCAAUUGAAAGAGACAGGUUACAUGAAUUCAGCUGGGAACUACAUAUAAGUGAAAUUGAAUUUGAACUUAAAUGCAAUGUGGUGCCUAUUGGGAAGAUCAGUAAAGGGACCUUCUACCACAGGGCUUUGCUUUUCAAGGUUCUUGCAGACAGAAUUGGCAUUGGUUGCAGCUUAGUCCGUGGCGAGUACAACAGAGCAUGGAAUAAAGUGAAAUUAGUUGAUGAUUCUCCCUUAGGAAUACGUGGACUUCUGCUUCCUCCUCAAAUAUUUAUUGUAGAUCUCAUGUACCAGCCAGGCUACCUAAUGAAAGAAGGAAGUCCAGAGGCAGAGUACUAUCAACGUAUUUAGUUAUUAUUCAGUAACUCCUUGAUACCAAAUCAGUUUGUUAAUUAGUUUUAUUAAGCUUAUCCUGACAGGUUUGUAAGGCUUAUUUUCAAAGCUGGUCUGGGUACCUUCAUAUGCACUGACCAAUUUAGACAGGGCUUUAGAAAUUGUAUUUGACUCUUGGAGGUUCUGAAAACCUAAGAAACCUUUGUGAUUUCUGAGACAUCCUUCUGAGUCUUUAAGCAUCCUUCUGAGUUCUAGGACAAGUCUUCCUCAUGUUUUUAAUGUGCCUCUUAAAUAAAAUGCAGA